AUGAAUUUCAUAUUGUUCAUUUUUUUAUCUGGGGUUUUUUCCUCAGACAGUAGCGAUAUCAAGCCCAAUUUUGAAGAGUUCCCUGAUGCGAUGCCUUUAUUUAAACAAGAAAAUAAAGAGCAAGAAAAAAAUAAGGAUAAAGUACCCGCUAAUGAGAAAAGUGGCAAUCAUUAUAAAGAUAUAAAACAAUAUACGUUCGUGACACAAGGUCCAAAUGGCACUGGGCCUGAAAUCUCGUUGAGAGCAACAACUGAUGUGAAUUUUAUUCUAAGAAACUCUUUAAAUGCAACACCACCAAGGGAGCAGCGCAAUGAAGAAAAAGACCAAUUAUUUAACCCAAUUCCAAGCUCUGAUGUGAACCUUGAGAGCAAACAAGAGGCGGGAGAAUUAGAGGGUAUAAAGCAAAAAUUAAUGCUGGGCAUUUCCUUGAUGAGCCUCUUCCUUUUCCUUGCCCUCCUGACACUCUGUUGUGCCACAUUGUACAAACUGAGGAAGCUGAGUUCUAAAAGUGAAUGUGAUGAUGGUCAAUACUCCGUCAACCCGGAGCUGGCAGAGAUGUCCUACUUUCAUCCAUCAGAAGGUGUAUCAGACACAUCUUUUUCUAAGAGUGCGGAAAGUAGCACUUUUUGGGGCAACAGUUCUUCAGAAUUUAGAAAAUCAGGCUUGAGAAAGUCAAAAUCUAAAAGUAUGACAGAUAUGGUUUCCACAGGCUCAGAUGAUACAGGCGCAUAUGAAGAACCGAAUGGAAAAAUACAAGAAGAAAGUCAUAAUGAAAGUUAUCCCAAGAGCAAAAAACACUUAAAAACAAUUUAUGAUACUCAGAAAGAAGGAACUAAAUGUCAGCAUCCACCAAGCCCACCCCAACUCUUUUAUACUGACGAGCAUGCAAAAUCCAAUGGACCAACAGUACAAGGCAAGAGUCAAGACUUCGCUACUUUUGAAGACACUACUUUUGAAUUUGAUUCUGAUAAGGAUCUCAUUGAAGAUGACACGCCCUCUGAUUCUGAUAACACUAUGGAAGAAUGUCUUCAAAUUUUCAAGGAGUUCACAGAAAGUGAAGCUCAAAAAGGAGAGACUGCUAAGUAG